AUUUUCCAAAAUAAUUAUUCCAACGAUAGAUACUGUUCGCCACAGUUAUUUAAUUCAAUCAUAUCUAAGUAAGAAUCAACCGGUUUUGUUAGUUGGACCUAGAGGAUGUGGCAAAACACUGAAUGUUAAAUAUGCAUAUGAAACUAUGAAUAAAACUGAAUAUUCUCUUUUGAACAUUAAUAUGACAGCUUCGACUUCAUCGAAUGACGUUAAAGGGACGAUCGAAGAUAAAUUAGAAAAACGCACUAAAGAACUUUAUGUUCCACUUACUGGAAAAACAAUGGUUACUUUUUUGGAUGAUAUUCAUAUGCCUAUAAAAGAGGCUUGCGGAGUCCAACCUUCCUUGGAAUUAAUUAGACAUUGGGUAGACUAUGGAUUCUGGUAUGACACUAAAAAACAAUGUCCAAAAUAUGUCAAAAAUAUGCUACUCGUAUGUGCUAUGACUCAGUUUGAUAAAGUGAAGCCCUUUAUUAGCAACCGAAUGUUUAGUCGUUUUAGUGUGGUCAAUAUACCAUAUCUCGAAGAAAACGAUAUCUAUACAAUAUACAACACCAUACUCAGUGAACAUUUAAAACAAUUUGACGAAACUGUAUCAGAAAUAGGUAAUGGAUUGACUUCGAUGACAAUAAGCCUGUAUAAACAUAUGAUGAUUAGCAUGACUCCAACUCCAUCAAAAAUGCAUUAUUUAUUUAAUUUAAAAGAUAUUUCAAAAGUAUUUCAAGGUUUACUUCUUAGUAAUGUCAAGUAUCAAAAUUUUAAAGUGCCUAUGUUACGACUUUGGUGUCAUGAAGUAUUCCGAGUUUUCUAUGACCGUUUGGUUGAUACAAGUGAUCAAAAUUGGUUCAUCGAUCAAAUAAAUCAACAACUGAAAAAUAAUUACCAUUUGUCGUAUCACGAUUUAUGUGCAUCGAAAAGAAAUCCAAUAUUUUUUAGUUUUCUAAAUGAAGAAAUGCUCUAUGAAGAAGUUGUAGACGAAGAGAACUUGAAAAAAUUCAUCAAAUGUAGUAUUAAAGAAUACAAUUCUAACUCGGAGUUUGUACCAGUAGACAUUUUGUUAUUUAGACAUUAUAUAGAACAUAUUUGUCGUAUCGUCAGAGUCAUAUCACAACCAAUGGGUCACAUACUUCUCAUUGGCAUUGGUGGAUCGGGUAGAUCAUCGCUAUCAAAAAUAGCUUCAUGGUUGUGCAAGUACAGUAUUUUUACGAUUGAGUUGUCAAAAUCGUACGGAACAUCGGAAUUUAAAGAAGACUUAAAACUAAUUUACUCUGAAACAGGAAUAAAAAAUCAACCAACAUCAUUUGUGUUUAAUGAUACACAGAUAGUUGACGAUUCAUUUUUGAAAAUCAUUAACAGUAUUUUGAGUACUGGAGAAGUAACGAGACUAUUCGAAGAAAACGAAUUUAAAGGAAUGAUAAAUGCAUCAUCAGAUAACAUUAAGACUGCAGACGAAAUGGAAUCAUCCGAAAAUAUUAAUUCAAUUUUUAUAGAUCAAGUUAGGAACAACCUACACUUUAUUCUAUCUUUCAGUCCUAUAAAAAAAUCAUUUGGAGUACGAUUGAGGCAAUAUCCUGCAUUAUUAAAUUGUACUACAAUUGACUGGUUUUUGGAUUGGCCAAAAGAAGCUUUAUUGGAAGUGGCAUCCACUUCUCUCUAUGAUCUUGAUAUUUUGGCAACAAUUACUGGGGAACAAAGAACAUAUGGAAAAGAAAACGAAGGAAUAACUCAGGAUAAAUUAAAAAGUUCUUUAGCUUCUAUUUUUUCUUCUAUUCACAAUUCUGUAAUAGAAUAUUCCAACCGUAAUAAAGUUGAAUUGAAUCGUACAAAUAAUGUCACGCCGGCUGUUUAUUUAGAAAUGAUAUUUAGAUACAAAAGAAUACUUCACGAAAAACGUAUUGAAAAAAAAAAUAUGUCAAUUAAAUUGAGAAAUGGUUUACAAACAAUUAAUGGCAUUAAUCAUAAAAUAAAUGAUAUGACAAUGGAAUUAGAAAAAGUUACAGAGCUUAUAACGAAAAACACUAAAGUAUGCGAGAAAAUGUUUACUAUGAUUUCUAAAUAAAUUAAAGAAAUUGAGAAUGAAAAAAAAGAAAUAAACAUCAUUUCUAAAAAUAUAAAAGAAGACGAGUUAAAAUGCCAAGAAAUGUACAAUAUAGCUU